AUGGUAACGGCUAUCUUGCCUUCUCUGACGGACGAUGGCAGCAAGUCCGACAGUUCCGCAGACGCUGUGAACAAGCCAACCCAUAACCCGCGGAACAGCGUGGCCAUGUCCCUCGAAUCAGACAUGACCAUCACUCCGGCACGCUUCCAUGGCAUUGGUGGAAAUGACCAGGCUGCAACGGCGAGCGAAAGGGAAGAAGCGAAGGCCGGCAAGCCCUCAGCGUUGGCGGGCUAUGUUGGACUAUUUACGGGAUGCGGCGCACUGGUUGCGCUCUCGUUGUUCCUCCCACUCCCCGCUCGGUUUGGCGAGAUUGACGGUGUCACUUCGGCCGAUGCUGUUGCCGACAGCUUCUACGUGGUAGGGCUCGUAGCAUUUGUCGUUGCAGUCUUUGUCUUCUUUGGGUUGAGAAACCUGAAGGGCGAGGAAGGUAAGGGCUGGAGCGUGCUUCUGGGGCUCAAGACAAACUCGAACUCGGAGGACGACUGUGAUGAGCAUGGAUCGGACCAUCCGACACGGCCGAAGGUUCUACCAUACUUCCGUCUGCUGCGAGACUCUGUCACGCUGGGUUUCACGGAUUCCCAGAUCGCUCUUGGAUACCUGGGCGGCUUCGUGGCCCGAGCCUCUACCGUCGCCAUCUCGCUUUUCAUCCCUCUCUACAUCAACACAUACUACAUCAGCAAUGGAUUUUGUCAUGGGUCUCCGCAUGACCCUUCGCCAGAGCUGAAGAAAGAGUGCCGGGCAGCCUACCUUCUCUCAUCUAUUCUGACUGGUGUUGCCCAGUUAUUCGGCCUGUUCGCUGCGCCUUUGUUCGGUUAUUUCAACAGGAGACGUGGCCGCGUCAACUACCCUAUCCUUAUCGCGACCACAUUUGGAAUCGUCGGCUACAUUGCCCUUCCUCAGCUGCAAAGCCCGGAGUACAAGAAUGUCGAUGGCCGCGGCGGCAGCCCAGCCAUCUUCCUCAUUGUAAUAUUGAUCGGUAUCAGCCAGAUUGGCGCCAUUGUCUGCAGUCUGGGUUUCCUCGGGCGCGGCGUUCUCACGGCAGAUAUUCCCAAGUCGCAGAUUAUCGAUACGGUUGAGGAUUCGACCGAGGCCAUGGAGAACCCUACCGAGUCUGCACCGUUGCUGCAGCACAAUGCUAGUGUGGAUGCUGUGUCGCGAGUGCGACUCAAGGGCUCUAUUGCUGGCAUGUACUCCUGGUUUGGAGGAGCUGCAAUUCUGCUGCUCACGAAACUGGGCGGCUUCAUGUUUGAUACCGUGUCACACGGCUCGCCCUUCUACAUGAUGGCGUCCUUCAACGCGAUCCUCUUCUUGGCCAGUUUGGGCAUUGAUGCUGCUCGCUUCUACAGAGACAAGCAGUGA